AUGUGGCAUAUUUUUUCCUCUAUCUUUGAGACAGCCGUCGGUGUAUGGGUUGGCAGCGGUUGCUGUCCGUUUCCUGGAUUACCAGACGGGUCCCGAACCAUCAUUUCACGCCUCUUUGUGAGUCUAGAUGAGUGGGCGUGCCCCUGUCCGCAUCACAUCACUGGCCCGGAGAAGGUCUUUACUACUGAAAGGACUGACUGUGUCCGGGCUGACAAGGUGGUCAAUCACGCACUGGGUGCCGCUGUGCAUGCUUUCAGUGUUCGCUGGCUCCCACUGCUCGUGGGCGAACGAAUCCGCGAAGACUUGUUGAACACCCUGAGUCGCAGGCUUUGGCACGAUGCACGCACCAAAGUCCUAUCGGUCCUUCAGCGACGUUGUUUCAGGUCGGUCCUGGCGCUUUAUGUGUUUGGGAUGACGCCCAUACCUCCGGGUACCGAGGAUUCUCCCGAAGCCCGAGGAAGUUUGGGCGAAGUGUGCAUCGAUACUGCACUGCGUCAGUUGCAAUAUCUGACUGCCAGUAAGGACCUCAGCUGCUUUUCAUCAGCAAGCAUUGCUCGCCAGCCUGCAAACUCAAAGAUUCCCGGUCACGAGCGACUAUAUCGGGACGACGAUGGCUAUCGGCUGCGCGAAACUUUGUCUUGCUGGGCUGGAUUUGUGUUUGACACUUCUGCAGCACUGAGUACCGGGCGUCCCUCAGUUCUAUAUGCCGGUGUGUUUGCUUUCGCACAGGAUAAAACCGUUCAGCUGCUCAGAUCUAGUAUACGGCAGUUCCAUAAUAACACGGAGCAGUGGAGACUCAGUGGCUUUGAUGUCACUAAUCAACGGGCCAUUACCAUAAUCCAGUCUGCCAGUGCCUGCAAAGGUCUGUUAUGGAAGGCAAUAGCAUGCUUGCGCGAAGCUCUGAGUUACAAUUAUGACAACCCGGUGGUCACUCAAGCAUGUACUGCCAUUCUGGACAUCAGGCAGAUAUUCGAGACCACCUAUGCGCCAUUGCUAGCGGCUUGUAAGCGAGCCUUGUUAUUUCUUACUGAGGAGGCUCAGCUUCAUUGGUAUUUGCUGGCUCUUCAUUAUCAAUUGGGGAUGUUGAUCCUAUUUGACACUCUCAAGAAGUGCAGCAAGAGUCACAUGCUUCCAGAUUGUGAUAGACUCCAAUGUCAUGCUGUUCAGGAGACAGUAGAGGUCGUCAGCUUCGGAAUGCAAAGCAAAGUCAUGCUCCAGGAUGUGUUCAGGUCCCAUUUGCCCCAACGAAGGCAGGGCACGGUAGUAUCACUUCUGAGCAUCGACCCUUACCCACACCAUGUUGCCACUGCCCUGGACUUGGUAGCAAAUUAUCUGGUCGAAAGUUUCCAAAAUGGUAAUGUUCAGCAACAAACAUUGCAUAGGAUUUUGCAGAUAUCCACGGAAGCUUUGAAACAAGUCCCUCAGUGCUCGGAAUCUUUGCAAACCAUACGAGACAACAUGAGCGAUAGACUGGGAUCGCUGCUAGAUGCCCAGUCAGAGAUGGUGACGGGAUUCAUCGAGCAUUCCUCAGAGCCAUCACCAGGCGGCACCGCCGGUGUUGCUCAGAACGGAGCUGGCAACUUCGAUUUCUCGAACUCUCCGACGAACGCUGGGUUGGACGCAACCGCAGCGUACCCAUCAGGAAAUGGCGCUCGACCAUGUAUUCAUACCCCCCUAGACAUGUCAGUGGCUUCUUUCGAGCAAUGGGACUGGAAUUCGUUUGCAGAAGCACAUUUAGAUUUUGAUGACCACGGAGAAAGCAUGUUUCUGUCAGAGCACGGGCUCCUAGGGGUAUGUGGCAAUAUCAAUCACCCUAUACACUCAGAAGUCCCCACGAACUGA